CAGGCCGGAGCCGAGAUGGGCCGCUACUCGGGCAAGACGUGCCGGCUGCUCUUCAUGCUGGUGCUCACCGUCGGCUUCUUCGUGGCGGAGCUGGUCUCGGGCUACCUGGGCAAUUCUAUCGCGCUGCUCUCCGACUCGUUCAACAUGCUCUCGGACCUGAUCUCGCUGUGCGUGGGGCUGAGCGCCGGCUACAUCGCGCGGCGCCGCGGCCGGAGCGCGCGGGCCACCUACGGCUACAGCCGCGCCGAGGUGGUGGGCGCGCUGAGCAACGCCGUCUUCCUCACGGCGCUCUGCUUCACCAUCUUCGUGGAGGCCAUCCUGCGCCUGGCCCGGCCCGAGCGCAUCGACGACCCCGAGCUGGUGCUCAUCGUGGGCGCCCUGGGCCUGGCGGUCAACGUGGUGGGGCUGCUCAUCUUCCAGGACUGCUCCUCCUGCCUCUCCUGCGGGGGCCGCCGCCGCCGCCGCCGCCAGCCCGAGCUGCCGCCAGCGGCCCAAGGCGGGGCUGGCGGCGCUUUCGAGGGGCCGCUGGGCGAGGAGAGCUGGCGGCCGACAGGCCCCCCAUCGGCCCCCUGCACAGACUCGGCCCUGACCCUCCGGGGCGCCCCGGGCGAAAUGAAGGCGGCCGCACGGGCGACUGUGUUCUCAAACGUAGCAGGUGAUUCCCUAAACACCCCGAAUGAACCUGAGGAAACAUCGAAAAAGGAGAGAAAGUCCGAAGCUCUGAACAUCAGAGGUGUACUUUUGCAUGUGAUGGGAGAUGCUCUGGGGUCUGUGGUUGUGGUGAUCACAGCCACGAUAUUCUAUGCACUUCCCCUGAACCGUAAUGACCCCUGUAACUGGCAGUGCUACAUUGACCCCAGUCUGACUGUGGUCAUGGUCAUCAUCAUUUUGUCAUCAGCCUUUCCACUCAUCAAGGAAACCGCAGCCAUCUUGCUACAGAUGGUCCCCAAAGGAGUUGACGUGGAAGAGCUGACGAGUAAGCUGUCCAGCGUGCCCGGGAUUAGCAGUAUACAUGAAGUGCAUAUCUGGGAACUCAUCAGUGGAAAGAUCAUUGCCACUCUGCAUAUCAAGUAUCAAAAGGACAGGGGCUAUCAGGAGGCCAGUGUGAAAAUUCGAGAAAUCUUCCACAAUGCGGGAAUCCACAACGUGACCAUUCAGUUUGAACAUGUGGACCUGAAAGAGCCCCCAGAGCAGGACUUGCUCUUGCUCUGCAACUCUCCCUGCAUCUCCAAGGGCUGUGCAAAGCAGCUGUGCUGUCCCCCUGGGGCCCUGCCCCUGACCCACAUCAAUGGGAGCGCAGAGCACAAUGGCUCUCCGCCUCUGGAGGGAUACCAAAGUGAUGGCCUCAGUAGACGGGACCUAAGGGAAGUGGUCAUCGACGUGUCUUCGGAUGGCUGUCUGAGUUGCCAUGGAAAAGCUCACAAAAGCACUCAGGAGGAGCAGUGUUAUAUAAACAGCACCCAUUUUUAAUCUGGUGCCCACACCAUCAGACUGGGUAUUCAAGGCACUUUGGCCAGCGGCUUGGCUUGGGAGACGAGCUCUGGUUUGUCGGUACUGGCCAAACUCACCGCUGUGGGCUCACUGUGUGUGCAGUAAGGGGUGGGCUGUGGGGGCUUCUCGAGGAAUAUGUCUGAUAAUUUUUAUGUGACCGCCAAUCCCUUUACCUUACUCUGGGCAUCUCAUGCUGCACUGCAACAGUUUAAAUCGGAACUUUUAUUUUUGAAAGCAAACGGAAGUACUGUAUGCGCCAGCGUCACUACAGUCUUGAGAGCCAAAGAUUGUGGACACGGCAUUCAAAGUCCUUUUGUCUCGUUCUUUGGAGGAUUAGAACUUCUAACUGGCUCUCUGUUGCUGUCCCAGUCAAAGUGCAUUGGGUGGGGGGGAGAAGACAUAUCUAGCUAAUUCCCCCCAUUUCCAUGGACAAUCACAGAACAGAAAAGUUAGAUAGUCCUGUUAUUGUUGAAUUCUUUGUUUUUCUUCUGACCCAUUUCUGAAUAAAUGUAAAAUGGAUGCCUAUUAAAACAGGACCUUCAAGGAAGGAGAGCUUGGGGUUGUUGGGGUGCAAAUACUUUUUAACCAUCUCUUCCUAUUGAGAGAUGGAAAGAAAGCUCAUGUUUUCUUCCUGCUGUGAAAUAAACUAUAGCUAGAGGGUGUUUCAGACAUUUAAAUAUAUAAAAUAUAUAUUUUUUCUUUUUCACUUGGAAGCAUGGAGGUAUUUAUGCUUUCUUAGGGACGACACAAGUCCUUACCUACGGUGUUUAGUCAGCCCAGUUAGGGACAUUUUCAUUUAUUGCUCUAAUAAUGAGUUAUUUAUUUGUCUGUUCCUUUUGAGUCUUCUUUAAUACUGUCACAUUACAUAGCAUUUAACAGAGAAAAUGAAUAUUCAAGGGAUAGAAGAAUAUAUGACCUUGAGUAUUCAUUAAUACCAAAGGAAUAAGUUAGAUUGCACUUUCUUUAAUUAAAAAUAUUUCAGAAGUAUUUAUUAUAGCUGCCAACUACUUGAUGGAAAGUGUCCAAGGGGGAGGCGGGAUUAUAAUUUAUUUAAUUGCUGCUUUUAAUGUUUUAUGAAGAGCUUAACAUUUUCUUUUGUGUCUUGGGUAUAUAUUAUCAACUUAAAAUAAAUUAAUUAGAAUCUGCUUUAGACUCCAACAUACGUUGAUGUUGGGGAAGUAUCUACCACGUAUUUAUCAAUUUUUCAGGCAUCAAUAUUUUAAGGUUUAAAUAUGUGAGGAAAGGCGUGCUUUUAUCUUUGAUGGGCUGCAAGGAGGACUGAAAAUAAACCUCUUAUAAGUUG